CAGAAGACAAGACUCGUAGAGACAAAGCGGCAGUUGGCGGUAAUGAUGAUUGCAUCGCUGUGAACAUAGGAGGAAGAUGCAACAGCUUCUCAUCAAGUUUUUCACGUUUUUCACAGUCUUUCAAAUGUUAUUCAUAUACGCACACGCACACACACGCACACAUACGGCUUAUGACUCGUAUCGAUUUGUCGCUUGAAACUUGUCUCGGGUGAGACACUCAGGUUUGAAGUUCCAGAGAGUUAGAUGCGAAUUUUUCCACUUGUAUCGCGAUCAUCGGAUAUAUUCAGUCGAGAAGCCAAGCAAACUCCGAACGCAAGGCUCGAGUAUCUCACCAGAGAGACACACACACACACACAGACAGAAGUUUCAAGUGGCAGCAGCUACUGAUACGAUGCCUGCAUCCUUCUCAUGGAAAUAUCCCCCUUCUAUCUUGUAAGACCACGUUCAGCACGUUGCGAGAGAGAUGCAGCCGAGCUCUUCGAAGGUGCAGCAAGCGGUGCUGGCCCGCACAUCCUCCAUACACGUGCACAAGAAGAAACUGACCGAGCAGGAGAUACAAGAGUUGCACGAGGAGCUGCAGACGGUCGACCACGUAAUAGCCUUGAGUGCUCUGUGCGAGAAACUCAACACUGACCCGAAGAUGGGUCUAACGGAGGAACAAGUGCGCGCCAUCUUCCUACGAGACGGCCCGAACGCCUUGUCGCCGCCCAAGGUUACUCCGGAGUAUCUCAAGUUCCUCAAGUGCAUGUUCCACGGUUUCGCGUUGCUGCUCUGGGUCUGCGCAGGCCUCUGCUUCAUCCUCUACUUCGUCACUUACUUAAUGGAGGAGCCCGACAUCGGCAUCGUCUGGUUGGGCGUGAUCAUCGUUCUCAUCUGCAUCAUCUCGGGUGUAUUUGCGUACAUACAGGAGACGAAGAACAUCAAGGUGAUGGAGUCCUUCGAGAAGAUGACGCCGACUUUCGCCACGGUGUACCGCGGUGGUGUUAAGCUACGAGUGCCCACGGAGGAGUUGGUUCUGGGUGACCUCGUGGAGAUCCGUAUGGGAGACAAGAUACCGGCCGACAUCAGGAUCAUCGACUGCCAUGGCCUCAGGGUGGAGAACUCCAGUAUCACCGGCGAGAGCGAGCCGGUGGCCCGUACGAAUUACCCCACCGACAACAACCCCCUCGAGUCCGCCAACGUGGCCUUCUUCUCGUCGUUUGCCGUGGCCGGCGAGGGUAAGGGGAUCGUCAUCGCCACGGGCGACCGCACCAUGAUCGGCCGUCUUGCCGGACUCACGUCGCACUUGCCCAAGAUCGAGACGCCGAUCGCUAAGGAGAUUAGACACUUCGUCGAGAUCAUUACGUUCGUGGCGAUCUUGUUUGGGGUCAUCUUUUUCGGGUUGUCGCUAAUGCUGGAGCCGAAUAUCGUGCGGGCGUUUACCUAUCUGCUGGGCAUAGUGAUCGCCAACGUGCCCGAGGUGCUGCUGGUCACCGUGACGACGUGCUUGACGUUAACCGCGCAGAAGAUGGCGAAUAAGAACUGCCUGGUGAAGAAUCUGGAGGCGGUCGAGACGCUGGGCUCGACCUCGACGAUCUGCUCCGACAAGACCGGCACCCUCACGCAGAACAAGAUGUCCGUGUCGAACCUCUGGUUCGGCCACACCAGGUACAACUUCCCGCCGGGCGAGCGGAUGGGCGUCGAGCGGGACCUGCUGUUAGAGAAGCCGGCCUUCAACGUCAUGAUGAAGGUGUGCACACUCUGCCUGCACGCCGAGUUCACCAGAGAGUCCUAUAUGUUGGCGCCCAUCGAGGAGCGCGAGGUGAUCGGCGACGCGUCCGAGACUGGGAUUCUCCGCUUCUGGGAACACAUCCAUUCCACCCAGCGCUUCCGCGACGUGUAUCCCAAGGUCGCCGAGAUCCCAUUCAGCCCCGUCACCAAGUACCAGAUGUCGAUACAUCGGGACGUCAACGGCUACAUGAUAAUCAUGAAGGGAGCGCCGGAGGUUAUACUGGAGUACUGCACAAGGAUCCUCAAUACUGACGGUACGACCCACGACAUGACCGCGAAUGAUCACUCGAUAUCCCGCAGAGCCUGCACGGAGCUGGGCUACCUCGGUGAGCGAGUGCUGGCGUACUGCGACCUGCACCUACCCGCGAACGCGUACGGGCCGAAUUAUAAGUUCAGCACCGACUCGCCCGCGACUUUCAACUUCCCCACCAAGGGCUACAGGUUCGUUGGCUUGGUGAGCUUGCGGGACCCGCCACGGCCGGGUGUGCCCGAGGCGGUGGAGAGAUGCCGCACCGCCGGCAUCAAAGUGAUCAUGAUCACGGGCGAUCACCCGGUCACGGCGAUGGCGAUCGCCAAGAAGGUGGGCAUCAUCAGCGAAGGCCACGAGACCCACUACGAAAGGGCGAUCCUGCAGAACAAGUCUUACACGCAGCUGACCGACGUGGACACGGAAGCGAUCAUCAUCACUGGCAGCGAGUUGCGGGACAUGGACUCCGGUCAACUGGACAACGUGAUACGCAAGUACGAGGAGAUCGUAUUUGCGAGGACAUCGCCGCAGCAGAAAUUGCUGAUCGUGGAGAGCUGCCAACGGCUGGGCGAGGUCGUGGCGGUGACCGGCGACGGCGUCAACGAUUCACCGGCCUUGCGGAAGGCCGACAUCGGGAUCGCCAUGGGCAUCGCCGGCUCCGACGUCGCCAAGAACGCGGCGGACAUGAUACUGAUGGAUGACAACUUCGCGUCGAUCGUCACCGGCGUGGAGGAGGGCCGACUGAUAUUCGACAAUCUGAAGAAGUCGAUCGCGUACACUCUGACGUCCAGCGUGCCGGAGAUGCUGCCGAUGCUGAGCGGCCUGAUACUCGCCAUUCCGCUGCCUUUGGUCAUCGAGCUGAUCAUCUGCAUAGACGUCGGCACCGAUCUCAUCCCGGCGAUCGCGCUAGCUUACGAGAAGGCCGAGUCCGACAUAAUGCGCCGGGCACCGCGAAAUCCCCAGUACGACAAGCUGGUGAACAAGCGGAUGAUAUCCAUCACCUACGGUCAGAUCGGGAUGACACAGUCGUUCGCCGGGUUCUACACCUAUUUCAUGGUGCUCAUGAUGAACGGCUUCAUGCCCGAUCGUCUGUUCGGUCUGCGGAUUGACUGGGAGAAUCCGUCGAUCAACGAUCUGCAGGACUCGUGGGGCCAGACAUGGACCUACGAGGACAGGAUGAACCUGUUGAACGAGGCGCGAAGUGGCUACUUCCUCUCCAUCGUGAUAUCGCAGAUGGUGGACUUGGUAAUGAGCAAGACCAGACGCAACUCCAUCUUCCAGCAAGGAAUGAGCAAUUGGUUUGUCAACUUCUCCUUCAUCUUUGAGGUCGUGUUAACGGGGAUCUUAUUGUACGUUCCUGGCACGGAGUACGUGCUGAAGACUAUGCCUCUGAAAGCUUACAGUUACUGGCCCUGCCUACCGCUCGUCAUGUUUCUCUGGUGUUACGAUGAAAUGAGACGCUGGUGCAUCCGCCACUUUCCCAGCGGCAUCAUGGAGAGAGAGACGUACUAUUGACGACGCUUUGUCAGAGACCCGUGAAGGAGAACAGUCGCUUUUUCCCGAUAUUCGCACAUUUUCAGUUACCGAUUAUAAUCGACCGCGCAACGCGCGGUGUCCGCGUACGUGAAUGUGUUCCGUUCUUCCGUUCUUCCAAUGUGUGUGAUCGUUACCUCAUAUCGUAGAAUUUGUUUAAGAAGAAUUUAUUUCUCAGACGACUCUAGCAAUAAAAGUGUCAC